GGGCGUCGUGUCGAGCGGAGGUGCAGCGGCGCUUCGCUCUCUCUUCGUCACUGGGCAUUUCACUCGCGCUCUCCACGGAAAUUGUUCGCUUCGGAGGCUCUCUGUUGUCUUUGCAAUACAUACCAGUACGGAUUACCUUCGCCCUAUGGUAUGGAUGUGGAAAAUAUCAAGUGAUAACGAGUGAGGAUUAAUCUACUUCGGAUAUCUCCUUGCAAUAUAUCCGCCCCGCAACACAGGAAUCGGGAAUUACCUUCGCAGGAAAGCUUUUCGGAACCACCGCGUGACACACAAGUUUCAAAGCUCCGGAUCUAGACAGGAGCCACGAUGGGAAUGAAUAAAGCAGUUGGCUUCCUCUUCAGGCUGAUGCUGGCGGCGGCGGCGUGCGUGUGCUGCGCGAGAGGCAACAUGGACAUGUCCAAGAUCCGACGCGAGGGCGGCGCGACCAUCACCUCCUCGACGCUGGCCUGGGUGCACGUGAGCGAGGGCCUGCACACGGCACACGCAGUGCUGGUUGCAGAGGAUGAUCCCGCCACAGUGUGGUGUCGUGCCGAGAAGCACGGCACGUUUGUGGCCGGAGCCAUGCACGGCGGCGUGUGCUCCGUGCCCUUCCUCGGGAAAGUGCUGCGCGUGGAGGGCGACUUCGAGGUGCUGGUGUCCGUGAACGGCUCGGCGAAGGUGCGCUACGUGCAGUGGGACCGCUACAUGGCGCCGCCGCACAACGCCGUGGCGGCGCACGCCAAGCGCUUCCUGGCGGUGCGCGAGGGCCAGAGCAGCUUCCCGCAGGCAGGGUUCCUGGCGCCGCAGGAGCGUCGCGCCCAUCUGGUCGCUGGCGCCGACGUCGUCCGCGUGGACAACGCCAUGGUGCUCGUGGAGGACGAGCCCGUGUCCUACGACCUGCGCGGCAUCACGCUGGACGGCUACAUCAACGUCUCGAACGUGGACACGGUGCUGGCGCAGGCUCUGCUGCUCAACCCCGGCCCCUCCCGGCAGCGCGUGGUGGAGGAGCGCGAGGUGGUGGUGAAGCAGCUGUCGUACUGGGGCAGCGUCAAGGGCACGUACGUCGGCCUGCCCUCGCACGUGGUGUCGCCGCCGCCCGAGACCGAGGAGCACGACCUGGUGUGGGGCAUCCAGAACGAGUUCGACCGGAUGCAGCGCCAGAUCCUGGAGUACGACCUCCCCCCCGGCACGGGCGUGCGGGUGCACCUCAUCGGGACCGUGCGCACGACGGAGGCGCCCUACAACGGCAAGCUGACCACCACGUACCAGGACGGGAGCCAGGUCUCGCGCGUCAUCGAGGGCCUCCACAUGGACCAGCGCCUGGUGCUGCUCAGCGCCAACUACUCCUCCCCGUACUACAUUCACAACAACACCGUGCUCGACAUCCCCGCGCAGAGCACGAAGCUCUACAGCUCCACCACCACCACCACCACGACCACCACCACCACCACCACCACCCCCGAGCCCCCCAAGAUGUCCAUGGUGGGGCCCGAGAAGCCGAAGAGCGACUCCCUGAGCACCACGUCCCAGCGCGACGUGCCCCUGGAGGCCGACAGCGGCGCGGCUCCGCUCGCCGUGUGGCCGGCGCUGGCCGCCCUCCUCGCCCUGGCCGCCGCCCGCGCCUGAGGCCUUCCGGGAGCGCGGGCCCGAGGACUCUCUGUGACAAUGUGAUCUUGUGAUUUAUUGCUACAAGUGUUUCGUUGAUCAUAUAUACUCUACUGGUUUAGUACUGAUAUGGCUGUAUGUAAUGUACAUCCUGGAAUAACUUGAUGUCUGAAUUAUUAAUCUCAUAGCGACUUAUAAGCAAUGUGUGCGUUUGUAUGUGAACGUGAGUGAAUGCGUGCGUGUGAGUGAAAUGCAAUGAAACGUCUGCCGUAAGUCUCCUCACGUCGUGCGUGGCAGGCGGCACAGACGAACUGCACAAAGUGCUCCCCGCAGUCCCGCGAGAGACGCCCCCUCCCCCCCCAAGGGCGGGCAGCGGCAAGCGCAUUCCGACGGCGGCGUCGCUCCAGCCGCAUCGCACCUGAUAUCAAGGAAACGCACAGGCCUCCCCUUGGCACCGCGGCCCGAAGAGGUCAGCAGGGAGUGCCUCCGCCGCCGUGACGACCAGGCGCGAGCGGCGACGGGCGUCCCAGGGCCACGGGCGUCCCAGGGCCACGGGCGGCGCAGCACGACACCACAGCCUCUCCGCCAGGCUAUAAAUGAACGAGCGAUUACCGGACGAUCGAGCCUGUGCGACUGUUUUAUUUAACGCGGUGUAGAUGUGGAGAUGCAUGUGCCGGUGUUCGUGGAAAGGGUGUAAACAGGUCUGUCGUUAAGGAUGUGUAUAGUACAGAUGAGCGUCAGAUAAGAGUGUAAUGACGUCAGAUAAGUGUAAUGGCGUCUGAUAAAUUUACGAUAUAGACUAGAAGAUACUGGAAAGGUUAUAUAAUAUGAAAUACGUUUAAGAUGUGUUCUAUAUAAGCAAGAGUGUGGGAGAAGUGUGACUGGAUGUAAAUACUGUGUGUGUACAGCUCUUACUGUAUAUUAUUAUCGACAUUAACCCUAGGUAGUGGCUCUCUUGCGUGUUUGUACUCCCGUAACAAUGUUCAUUAUGAGUUGCCGGUGACGUUAAUUUAUUUCCCCGAAGUCCGCGUCGGCGAAGGGCGAGGCGCCCCCCCGACGUCCGGGUCGCUGUCCGGAGGCGCGACGCAACCUCGCGCUCUCGGGGGCCGCCGUCUCGCGCGCACGCACGCACGCAACACCAUCCUCCUUCCCAGACAUUCCCUCGCCACAGCUUGCAGACGACAUACCCGCAGCGACAGCAAUAUCCGCUUCUGCCUCGCGUCGCCCACCGGCCACGUGGAGGCGCCCUCGCGCGCGGCGGCCACACGGUGCGGCCAGGUCACUCUGUUGCCUCAAUGUUGUACGUUUGACGUAGUGUGUAGUGUGUGGACAUCGCGAGCAGUCUCCGACCGCGACUCUCCAGUUCGGAAGGGACACAACCACGCUGAACAACUUUGUACCUGUCCAUGGAAUAAACGUGAGACAAGG